AUGUCAUCGCCGGCGAAUCCCAAAAGGGCCGAUGAGACUAUGACUACAGCCAUCGGCGGCAGCCAAACAACCUCGCCGGAGAAUUCUGUCAGAGAAUUUGACAAGAAUACUAUAUCUACAAGAAAGGUUUUUUUGGAGGCAUCUACCAACGUCGGAAGAAACUUCUCAGAAAGGCACACGAGCAACGGGAUCGAAAGCCUAAACCUAUCAAGCUUCGAUCUACCAAUGGCGCCGGCCACAAUCGUGCAAGACAUCCGGGUUUUCGUGGCUACAUGGAAUGUAGGUGGGAAUACUCCAAACCACGAACUCAAUCUCGAAGAUUUCUUGCAAGUCGAGGGUUCUGCAGACAUAUACGUGCUCGGGUUCCAGGAGAUCGUACCAUUAAGCGCGGGUAACGUUUUAGUCUCCGAGGAUAACGAGCCGGCCUCAAAAUGGCUAGCGCUCAUAAGCCACGCGCUCAACAAACCAUACCACGAAUAUAUCCACUCAUCGUCGGCCCAAAACCCGAGCACAAACUCCAAAACCACAACAAACGGGUCCAAGGACUCGAAAUCGAACCACAUUUUCCACAAGCCGUCGCUAAAAGCACUCAACAAGAAUCUCAAGGGAGAUAGCGAACUCCUCAAGAAUUGCAAUUGUUGUAAGACUAAGAACCCCUCGUUUUCGCAUCGACGGGCGAGAAACUUGAGAGGGCCCCACUUGAGCUUUAGCGACCCGAGCAUGCACGAGUUUUUUGCGAUAGCGGAGAUUGAUUUGCCGACGAGGCUCAACUAUCAGCUAGUGGCGAGCAAGCAAAUGGUCGGGAUUUUCUUGUCCGUGUGGGCCCGGUCGGGCCUAGUGAAGGAUAUCGGGCACCUCAGUGUCUCCUGCAUGGGGAGGGGAAUCAUGGGAUGCCUUGGAAAUAAGGGUUGUAUAUCGAUGAGCAUGACGGUGCACCAAACGAGCUUUUGCUUCGUGUGCAGCCACCUGGCGUCCGGCCAAAAGGAAGGAGACGAGCUCAGGAGAAAUUCUGACGUGGCAGAAAUCUUGAAAGGCAUCCAAUUUCCUCGACUUUGCAACAACCCGACCCGCCGGGUCCCCGAACGAAUAAUCCAUCAUGACCGUGUGAUUUGGCUAGGGGACUUGAAUUAUCGAGUAGGAUUGAGCUAUGAAGAGGCAAGGAUAUUGUUGGAGGAUAACGAUUGGGACUCUCUCUUGGAGAAAGAUCAGCUGAACAAGGAAAGAGAAGCAGGAAGAGUAUUUAUUGGGUGGAGCGAAGGCAAGAUUGUGUUCGCGCCCACAUACAAGUAUUCCCACAAUUCUGAUUCAUAUGCUGGUGAGACCACCAAGUCCAAGAAGAAACGGAGGACCCCUGCAUGGUGCGAUAGAAUUUUAUGGCGUGGAGGUGGCAUCGAGCAACUAUCAUACAUACGUGGGGAAUCGAGAUUUUCGGAUCAUAGGCCCGUUUGUGCGGUUUUUGCAGUUGAAGUGGAGAAGAUGGCAAAAUUUAGAAAGGGUUAUUCUUGUGCCGGCACAAGACUUGAAUUCGAGGAGGAGUACUACAUACCACAAAGGCAUAGUUUUUGCGACUUUUAGCUCUAUAGAUUCUAGCGACAAAAAAGCCGAGCAAUAGUAUUGAUUGUAGUUGUGCUUUUAGUCACUUAUUCCGAAUAGCCCUCAACAAAACACAUCAGAUUUAUAACAUGAGCAUGCAUCGAUGGGUGGGUUAAGUCAACUUAAUUAGAAACAAAAAAAAUUUAUCUCCAUAUGAUACAUAUGAAGCACACAAAUAUGCAUAUAUAUAAUAAGUCUGAGGUCUGCGCAUAAGCAAUGUAAUUAUAGUUUACGGCUCGUUUGGCGAGGAGGAAGGAAAUUUUUUGAUAUAGCUUGAAAAGAUGAGCUGUACACAUUUAUAUCACAAGCUUCGAAAAAUAAGAAAUCUACAUUCAAUAUUAUUCAUCAAUCAAUCGCAUCUCACAAGUAGAAAAAAUUGAGAUAUGAGGAGGCAAUCAAAAUACAAGUUUAAAGAAAGAAGCAAAACUAACACAAUUAAAAUUAAUCAUUAGCGGUAGCCAGCUGGAGAGAGAGCAAUUCCUCCUCUGGUAUAAUUUUGACGCGGCAGUCGGACCUCGGGUACGACGCGCACAUCAGCGCGUACCCACUCUCGAUGACGUCAUCGCUCAGCAUACCCUCGCUCUGGUCCACCUUCCCGGAGAGCAGCUGGGCCGGGCACGUCAUGCACACGCCCAGCUUGCAGUCGUGGGGAAUUUCAAGCCCCGCCUCCAGCGCCUUUGACAGGAUCGUCUCGUCCGGUUCCACCUCCAGCUCCGUCGACCCGCCGUCGUGCUCGACCACCACCCUGUAGGCGCGGACGGCCGUCGACCGGUGGCGGAUUGUGGUCGGAUGGGAUUGCGGCUUUAGAUCAAGAGAUUGGAAUUGAGUUUGAAUGAGGGUUUUAUAUCUGUUGAAAUUGAGAGGAAGAGUAAGAUGAAGAGAUGCCAUUUUAGGGCGAUUGGAGGUGCAGGAGAGGAUAAGGUAUUUUUCGUGGUUUAUAAAUUGGACUUGUGUUGUGGGUGUGUUU